CCAAGCCAACCGAACCACCAGUAUUAGUCAAACUUUUUAAACGAACACAUCUCCCUGCAACCUUCACCAUGUUGCUUCAAAUUCUAACGGUUUUAUCCUACUUUGGUGCAAUAUCCUGUUCCCAGAGUGCCCGAAUCUUCGGUGGCCAGCAGAGGGUCGAACCGGGCGAGCUUCCGUACAACGCCUUGAUCCGCAUUCGGAAGCCACUUAGUGUAGAAAUCAAAUCCUCUUGUGGAUCGAUCGUGGCAUCUAAGUGGAUCCUGGUGGCAGCCCACUCCGUGUUCAAUGACCUUUCCAAUCCGCGUUUGUUCGAAGUAAUCGCUGGAAAGUACAGCUUGGUAGAAUCGGAUCGUACGGAACAGGUGCGCCAAGUUAGAACAGUUAUUAGGCAUCCCAGUUACGAUCACAGUGUGAAGGGCCUCCACGAUAUUGCGUUGCUCCUAUUGACUACGGCGUUGAACUUCGACGAGUUCGUUCAACCGGUUGUCUUGGAAGCUAAUCCGGAAUACCCUCUGGGGGCAGUUGGUGUGGUUACGGGAUACGGAGUGAUAGGCUCGAGUGGAACCGCAGCGAGUUAUCUCACGAAACUAUCGGUGAACAUUUUGACGCCAACUCAGUGCACCAGCGGAGACUCGGCAUACAACCCAACGUUGAUCUGCACCGAUCCGGGAACCUGCGAGGGAGACUCCGGAGCGCCUCUUUUUCAACAGCAUGGUGAUCAGUGGUCUCAAAUUGGGUUGGCUUCCUUCGGAUUCCAUUGUGCUUUCUACGGAACGCCAACCUAUUACACGUUCUUGCCACAAUAUCUGACCUGGAUCAACGAAACCAUUGUGACGACCAAGGAUGAUGGCAACGGUUCGAAACGAAAUACAGCGCCAUUGAUGGGGAUUUUAGUGGUGACCUGUUCGAAACUUAUCAUUGGAUUGCUGCAAUUUUAAUGAAAUAUAAUGACGUUUUGUUUGACCACAA